UUAUAUCUUAUCACUGAUAUAAAGAGUGAUAAGGCCUGUUAUCAGAUGGUGGAGGGGGGAGGCUAUAUAAGCUAGCCUCUCUCUGUUUCUCCACACACAUCAUGACCGCAACACGACUGGUUUUGGCAGCUUGUUGCCUGGCGGCGGCAUGGGCCCAGUCCCAGCAGCAGUACACCACUCCAAUCCCCAUCUUGAAGCAGAUCAACCGACAGAACGAGGACGGCAGCUACAGCUACGGGUACGAGGGCGCUGACGGGAGCUACAAGAUAGAGACAAAACAUGCGACUGGGGAAGUCUACGGCAAAUACGGGUACGUCGACGACACGGGCAGCCUACGGGAGAUUGAGUACGGAGCGAGCAAGUUGGGCUUCCAACCAGCUGGUACUGGAGUGAACGUGGCCCCUCCGACCCUCCCUGACCCAAACAGUGCCAACUACGUGGGUCCUGAGGGGGAGGACGACGGUCAGUACAGGGAGGACCCUAGCAUCUACUGGAAGGACCCUAAGUACAACCAGGGAGCUCCUAAGUCUGCGAAACCCACCUACUCUCAGACCUCUUACACAAACCCUGCUUACUCGCAGAAUUCUUACUCUCAGCCUGCUUACUCACAACAACAACCUACCUAUACUCGGCAACAACCUACUUACACGCAACAACAACCUACUUACACGCAACAACAACCUACUUACACUCAACAACAACCUACUUACACGCAACAACAACCUACUUACACGCAACAACAACCUACUUACUCUCAACAACCUUCAUACAGCCAGUUCUCCGCCCCGACUCCUCGCCCCAACACUUGGCAGAGGUCCUGGAACCCUCCUGCUGCCCCUGUAGACCAGAACAUCUUCCUAGGGCACCCCGCAUCUAACAUCGACCUCUACACUGGCUCCUACUCUGUCAAUUACAAAUAAGUACCAACGGAUCUUCCAUUGUAUAAAGCUUUACAGUGUAAAUAAACUAGCGUAUUUAUAUUAGUCAUGUACAAACACUAGUUAAGCUAGCUUCUAUAGACUGAGGGGUUCUUACACUUCGUUCAACAAACGUUAUAAUCUUAAAUAACCAAUUAUAGUUCUCAUGAUUUUUAUCAAAAUUUAAAACUUUUAGACAUUCUUUUUUUUAGUAUAGAUUUUCCUUUCUGUAUUUCAUAUGUGUUUCACAACAACAAAUGGUGCUAGUCCUCUGAGGUACUGAUUUUUGUGUGUUUUACAGACCAUCAUUUUUGUUUUGGAAUAAAGAUUUUGUUUUGAUGGUGGUA